GCCCCAGCGGCCGAAGAUCCUCCUAGGAGCGCGGGGGCGCUGUGAGUCACUGCGGGUCAUGGUGGCGCUCUUUCUCAGCCUCGUUGGUUCAGACUGAGGCUUUCGGGACGGCGGCGGGAAGAUGGCGGCCCCCAGGGACCAGCUUGGAGCCGUGGAGGAAAAGGGAAGCUCGGGUCGCCAGGGGAGCUCAGGAGUCGAGGUGGUUUUUCCCUCCGAUCCCGCCACCCCCGCCCCGCUGUGCCCUCACGGACCCACUCUUCUGUUUGUAAAGGUGAACCAAGGGAAAGAAGAAACACGGAGGUUUUAUGCCUGCUCAGCGUGUAGAGAUAGAAAAGAUUGUAAUUUUUUUCAGUGGGAAGAUGAAAAGUUGUCAGGAGCUAGACUUGCUGCCCGAGAAGCUCAUAAUCAAAGAUGUCAGCCUCCUUUAUCCCGAUCGCAGUGUGUGGAAAGGUACUUGAAGUUUAUUGAGUUGCCCUUGUCUCAGAGGAAGUUUUGUCAAAGAUGUCAGCAGUUGGUACUGCCAGACGAUGGGGAGAAGCACCGUGAGCAUCAGAUAGUGGGUGACGUCUCCAUCACCCAGUUAAAAAGGCCCAGUCAGCUCCUCUGUCCCUUGGAAAACAAGAAGACAAAUGCCCAGUAUUUGUUUGCUGAUAGGAGCUGUCUGUUCUUAGUGGACCUGCUCUCUACCCUUGGGUUCAGAAGAGUACUAUGUGUUGGAACACCAAGGUUGCAUGAGCUGAUCAGGUUGAAAGCAUCAGGUGACGAGAAGUCUAACAUUAAAAGCCUUUUAUUGGAUAUUGAUUUUCGGUAUUCACAGUUUUAUAUGGAAGAUAGUUUUUGCCAUUAUAACAUGUUUAACCAUCACUUCUUUGAUGGAAAGGCUGCCCUUGAAGUAUGCAGAACAUUUUUACAGGAAGAUAAAGGUGAAGGAGUCAUUAUGGUGACAGAUCCUCCUUUUGGUGGCUUGGUUGAACCUCUGGCUGUUACAUUCAAGAAGUUAAUUGCUAUGUGGAAAGAAGGUCAAAGCCAAGAAAACAAUCGCAAAGAACUACCUAUAUUCUGGAUUUUCCCCUAUUUUUUUGAAUCCCGAAUUUGUCAGUUUUUCCCAAGCUUCUGCAUGCUGGAUUACCAGCACUUCCAUAGGAGGUUUAUUUGUGUGGAUGAAGCUAUGAAAUAUGGAUGCAUGUUAGAGGUACAUUAAUUUACCCUAGCAGCAUGCAUUUUACAUACCAUAUGUUUAUAGUUAAUUAGCACAACAAACCCACAUUUAAAAAUAAUAAUAAUCUCAAUUAGGUUAUGCAAAAUCAAGUAAUCAACCACCUUCCUGACACAUGCAUUCUCCGACUCCUUGGGUAACCAUAAAGAAAUUGUUCUUUUUUUUUCCCCCUCUCUUCCAUCUGCUAUCUAUUAUAUUGCAUGGAAUAUUCCAUUUACUAAAAAUCUUUCUAAGAUACUCUUUUCCAGCAUAUGAAAAUCUUUAUAAGAUUCUCUUGGGAAGAAUUUUUUUCUUAUGACACUCAUAAAUGUUCAAAAUAUCUUUGUUGAAUUUAAUAAGGUGCUAUAUAUUUACUGAGUACAUAGAGGGGGGUGCAUUAGGGAAAAUUAUGAAUUUGUCAUUUUAAAAGAAAACUACUUAAGGCACUAUUUUAAAGGUGAUUUUGUAGUAAAAUCUACUUUUGUAUCUUAGCCUGUAAUAGGUAACAUAUAUUCAUAGAAUUUUAAAUUUGGAAAGAAGCAUAGAGGUAACGUAGGCUAACUUCCCAGUGUAAUAAUCCUCUCCACUAAAUUCAUGACAAGCAGUCACCCAGCCUCACUUGAAUGCUUUCAGUGAGCAAAGUCCUACAGCCUUACAAGGCAACUCAAUUUAUUUAAUAGCUCUAAUCGUUAGAAAAUUUUCUCAUAUGGAGAUAAAAUAUGCUCCCUAUUAACUUCUAACCAUUGGACCUACUUCUGUUUUCCGAAGCAAUAAAAGAGUAAGUCUAAUUUCUAUUCCACGUGACACGCUUUCUGUUAUAAAAUAGCCAUCAGAUCCUCCCUGUCUUCUCUUUUCUGAAUAAACACUCCCAAUCUGUUAAACUAUCAAUCCUUUUUAUUCCCAUUACUUUCAAUAGAAAUGAACUGGUUUUAUUAAUGAGUCUCUUAAAAUGUAGCAACUGAAUGCAAGGCUUCGGAUGUGCUCUAACCUCCUCUCCUCUCCGCGUUCUGAUGCUACACUUCUGUGUAAGCACUGAGCUGUUACAUCGCUAUGCUAGACUGCGGACUCACCAUGCCGACCUGUGCGUGCUCAUUGUGCAGAACAUCCUCGGGGUUUUUUCCCCACUGCUGAAGCUUAUUAAUGAGUCUUCCUAAAUUUGUUCACCUGUAAAUCUAGCAGGCAUUGGCAUGGCCAUUGGGAGAGCUUGGGAAUCUCCCAUUCAAGUCCUCUCUUUCCAUUGCCGCCAAAUCCUUACAUUUUUGUAGUUCUCUCAUGAAAUAGCUAGCUUGCAAGCCAGUUCUGUUGUAAAUUCUUAAGAGUAAUCUGAUUUAGAAUCCAAACAAUUCAUAACAACUUACUCGAAAGUUGGGAUCUAUCUGUAUUAACCUUAUAAAAAUCUCAUGAUAGUCCUGUAUGUAAUUAAAUCAGUGGUGCUCAAACUUUAGUGUACCAGAAGGGCUUGUUAAAAAUACAGGUUGCUGGGCCCCACCCACAGAGUUUCUGUGUUCUUAGGCCCUAGGUGGGGCAAGAAUUUGCAUUUCCAACAAGAUCCCAGGUAAUGCUGGUGUUGCUGAUUCAGGCACCACACUGUGAGAAUUAGUGAUCUGAAGGAAGACGGACUUAGUGGCCAGAUGUGUUCAUAGCAGGUUGAAAACCAGAUUGAGACUGUGUGUAGAUGAUAGGGUGGGAAAGGAGACGGGAGCAAGAAGCUAGUAGAAAUCAUGCUUGUUGGCUUCAUUUUACUUUCCAGAUAAUCUGCUGAAAUGGAAAGUUGAGUUAGGGGUCUUGAGGAGAGAGGUAAACGUUUGAAAUAGUCAUGGUGGGGAGAACAGCUAUAGGUUACGAGUCUCCCUCUGCAUCUCCAUCCUUCCAUCUCUACGAUGUGCUGGGCCCUGAACUCUGGGCUUUACAUACGUUGCCUCAUGUAACUUUCACAGCAGCUCUAAGGUAAGUAUCAGUAACCUCUUUUUUCCAGGUGAAAAUGAUGCAAACUUACCUGAGGUCAUAUAACAAGUGAGUGACAGAGCCCCUGCCUGGCCCCCAAAUCUGGCUCUGUUGGAGAGUAAUGUUGGAGGGCCAAACUGAGGCUGCACUGAGCCUUGGGGAACAGAAAACUGACAUGCAGUGAAUUUCACACACACACAAAUGAGAAGCCCUAACCAAGUUGUCACAGAUCUUCAAGGUGGAGUUUUUUAAAACACCGAUAGCUACAUUCUUAAUUACAGAAUAGCCUUUAUUGCAGAGUCUAUUGCGUUGGAUAAAAGAUCAGAGUUGUUCUCUUACCUAGGGGUAGCAUGAAUUUGUCAUAACAAAUUUCACCUUUUUUAUAAUGAAAUUUGGCUGCCCACAGAGGCCUCUCCAAGGCUGGCUAUAAACUCUUUUAAGAAUUUCUUAUUCAGUAUUUUGAUUUGAUUUGUUUCUUGGCAUCACUUUGUUCAUUUAUUGGCUAAAGAGUCUGAACAAAUGUUGACUCAUUUGAGAAAUGUUUCUUUUUAAAUUUUUUUUAACUUUCUAGGUAGAUUAUGAUAAUCAUGCACUUUAUAAACAUGGAAAGACAGGACGGAAACAGUCUCCUGUGCGUAUUUUCACCAAUAUUCCACCCAACAAAAUAAUCCUUCCUAUUGAGGAAGGGUACA